GCGCGGAAUCAAUUAUAGCGUGCAUUCAAACUUGCGAGGAUAUAAGGGAAUUGCAUCGUGGGUGGUCCGUCGAGGAGUAUCGUGUGUGGUCCGGCUGGUUCGAAUGUGGACGCUGUCUGUUCCGGCGAGACCGUGGAAGAUGCGAGACGUUUCGGCGGAACUAAAUCAAGACCUCGUCCCGGUUGGUUAGCUGAAACCGCGUAUAAGAACAACGGUCUCGACUCGUGAACGCGAUGUGCACAAAAAUGAUAGUUUUGCUGGUCCUUUGUUUCUUGCUGUUUCACGGAUCAUCUUCGGAACUGGAGCAUGAGCCUAACAGCAAUAAUGGAGAAAAUAAUACAUGGAAGGACAUGGAUCUGGCUCCUCGGCAUAGAAUGAAAGAUUCAAGUUAUUUGUUGGACAGAUAUUCUAUAAGAGAACUGUCACCAGAUGUCUUAACUUGUCGCAGACCUGUUCAAUGUGUUCCUCUGCAAGAAAGUACCUGCAUGGGUACGAAAUUGCCUUAUACCUCUACAACAUUGGAUCUUAUACCUGAGCGUGUGACUCAAGCCAUUAUUAAGGACAGACUAUACUUGUUACAAGCUUUGAAACAUGUACCAAAGUGCUGGGCUGUUGUUCAACCGUUUUUAUGCUCGAUAUUCAUGCCAAAAUGCGUCAAUAAUACGGUCGAGCUGCCGUCUCAAGAGAUGUGCAAAAUGGUGUCAGGGCCCUGUAGGAUGUUGAUUAAUCACACGAUAUGGCCGAGUUUCGCAAAAUGUGACAAUACAAAAUUGUUUCCACGAUUAUGCAAAAACGACAUUAGAGAAUUGAAAUUUAACAUCACUGGUAAAUGUCUGAAACCUCUCGUGCCUACUGACAAUGUCCUCUCAAUUUUUGAUGGAGUGGAAGGCUGUGGAACAGAAUGUUAUAAUCCAUUAUACACCUCUGAUGAACACAAUCAAAUACAUUCGUUUAUUAUAUGGGCUGCAGGUAUCUGUUGUGCCUUCAAUUUGUUUACUGUUAUAACAUUUUUGAUAGAUUGGAGAAGCGCAAAUAAAUAUCCAGCUUUAGUAAUAUUUUAUAUUAAUGGUUGUUUCUUGGUUUCUUGCAUCGGCUGGUUAGUCCAAUUCUCUCCUACUGGCAGAGAGGUAAUUAUAUGUCGCAAAGAUGGAACACUAAGGAUGAGAGAACCGAGUGGAGAGAACUUGUCUUGUGUCAUUGUCUUUGUCCUUGUGUAUUAUUUCCUAAUGGCGGCUAUGGUAUGGUUCGUUAUUUUAACAUAUACUUGGCAUAUGAGCUUCCGAGCACUUGGUACAAUACAAGAUCGAAUAAACAAGAAGAGUGCUUAUUUUCAUCUAAUCGCUUGGUGUGUACCACUCGUUUUAACAGUCGCAAUUAUGGCAUUAGGCCGAAUCGAUGGCAACAGCAUGACAGGAAUAUGCUUCGUGGGUUACACUGAUCAUGCAGCAAAGAUUUUUGUAUUAGGGCCAGUGUUAAUUGUUAUGCUAGUAGGAGGAUAUUUUCUAUGUAGAGGACUUUACACACUUAUACGCUUAAAGAUAAGCAGUCAAGAAAUUAUAUCCGAAAGGGCAAGUUCAAAGAUAAAACAAACUAUCGUCAGAAUGGGGUUCUUUUCUAUAGCUAUUCUUGCAGCGGUUGUUGUAACAUUUUAUUGUGAAAUUUACGAAAUUCAACACUCUUGGGAAUGGCGACAAAGCUACAGAAAUUAUAUGAUAUGCGCGAUAACGACGAUGUAUGCAGAUGUGUCUGACUGCAAAAUAGAUACAAGGCCUAGUACAGGUAAACUGCAAUUGCAUUUGCUUGCACUAUUUGCCACCGGCAUCCUUAUGUCCUCGUGGGUUUGGACCAAUUCGACUGUGAACACCUGGUGUAGAUUUCUGAGAAGUAUGUGUUUUCUCUUUGCUUGUAGAAUCUUCAAUCGUGAUUCUGACGAUAAGACUGAGCCUAUAAGAGUGAGCAAGCAUAAGCUUAUCGCGCAUUUUUUCGCGAAACGUAAAACAUUUAACAAAGCCGGACGUUUGUCAUUAAGUUUUGCCAACGUUCACGAGGAUCCGGUCGGAUUGAAUUUUGAUCUCAACUCUGCGGCAUCUCAAGACUACAGCGACUUCACGACUUGGGCAGCUGCUCUGCCUAAAUUAGUGACGCGAAGAGGUGCACUGGUUGGUGGUACUACCGGAUCUGUGUCUAGCAAUAGACGAAAUUCAGCUGAUUCUGAGAUCAGUUAUAGUUUUCGAUGCGUCUCCAUGGAAUCCAGGCGAAAUUCGUUGGAUUCGCAAAUAUCCGUGCAGAUUGCACAGAUGAAGACUACCCGGAAGGUGGCCAAUCGGUCGCGCGGCCGUCGUGGGAAGAACAGAAGAGAAUUCGCGAAAUCCCGGUCGAGCAAAAUCGAUCCACUCUCCAGGAGAGGCAGCACCACUUCCCAGGAUAGUCAACUGAUGGCUCAAACACCUAUGGUGUUUCCAAUUCAGAUGCCUAAUAUGGGCAGGAGACCGGGAAACGCUGGGUUGGAUGAGCGACCUUUGAAAAUUAUCGACACCAAAGAUACAGGCAUGCUGUUGCCCUUUUUGUUACAAAGGCAAAGCGCCAGUGACGAAAAUCUAAGCAGUGAUGAAAAGAGACGUCAAGAUAUGACUGAUAAAGACGUCGACAUAGAGGCGGGUAACAUGGAGAAGGAGGAUGAACCGGAAGAUAGCGACAGCGAAGACAGUCAGCUGGAUGAGGAAGUAAAAAUGUUAGAUCCAGAGGAAGUGCAUGAGCGUAGCAAGAAAAGUAGCAGUAAAAAUUGUAAAACUUGCGAGGAUGAUCGUAGAAACCGCGAAAGUAGUCACAGGAGCAGAUACGUCCUGCAGGACGAAUCGAUCUUGAAGCAUCUGCUUCAAGAGACGAGCGAUAUCAAGAUGAAGAACGAAAACGAGAAGGAGAUGUAUAGGAAAACUGUGAUGGACGACAUGGAUUCUAGUCACACCUCGUGUUAUCCAGAAAUAACGAGAUUACUGCAAAACGACGGACCUACUAACGCCAGAGAAAUGGCGACGCAGACCUCGUUGCCGCUCGAUAUACUGGAAAUGGAGGAGUUAAAGCAAAGUAUCGACGAAAUAAUCAACAACAGACAUUGUAGUUCUAAAGGGACUCAAAUAUCGCCGCAAUUGAAAAAAGGCAAGAAUAUUAUGACAUAAGACUGAGGGAGUUAUAUAUGUAUAUUUUUAGUGUAUAUUGAGAAAUGUGCAUAUAAAACAAGGUACGUGCUAAAUAGUGUAAUUGUUCAUCUAAGUAACAAUUAUUGUACAACUAUUGUAUCGUUACACAUAAUUGAACUAUUUAUAUACUUUA